AUGCCACGCCCUGCCGUAGCGGCUCGAAGAGGUCAUCACAGCAACAACAACAAUAACACCAGCAGUGUCAAUGGUAGCGGUCGCAAUGAAAAUGGUCAUGCCGUCAAUGGAAAGCGCUUAAACAAACAAAAGUCAUCGACUCAUCUGAACGGCAAUGCCAGUGGCAGCAGUACUUUGCACUCCGCCCCCCAUCUCGAUCUUCGUUCAUCCGGCGAUUCGUCGGUCGUGACAACUUCAAGGGCAGACGCUGCAGCGACCGAUGGACUCAAGGGCGACGGUGCCGACCACGUUUAUACAAACGGCACCGAUCACAAAACGAAUAGCGAUAUGGCGUACGGACACUCCAAUGGUGCUGCUUCGGCAGAUUGCGGAUCAGCUUCCUCCAAGCCGGUAUCAUCCUCCAAACGCAACAAUUCAUCAACUGUAAAUCCUUUUCUGUUGGCUUCGACAAUUCUCCGGUCGUGCCCUCUGUACGAUACCAUCGCCAUCUUGAUCUUCCUUUUACAGCUACCCCCGAUCGUUCUUACUUUGGUUCAAUUUCUAUUUGCCUCUUUGACCUUUAUGCCUCCCGGCGGUGGACAUGGCUCGUUUACUUCGAAUUUUGACAUUUUCCAAGGACCAGCCGGUACGCCUUCUUUUGGGACCAUGAUCGCCAUGGAUGGAUUUUGUCUUUUACUUUGGGGUCUCUUUAUGUGGACUUGGGCUCAGAAUUUUGCCUUGGAUUUGGCUCAUGUUCAGGUUGCCAUUACCCUCGGAGGCGGCGGCUCAGGUAAAAAUGGCGGUGUCAAUGCGUUCUGUGUCGGUACAGUGUUACUUUUGCAUAUCGUCAGAAGUAAAGGCAUACAGGACUUUGUCAUCGGCCAUUUAUCAUCCGCCCAACUAAUUAGCCCGGAUAUUUUAUCGCGAUGGUCUCACUUGGUUCCCCAAGAGUUUAGAAGGAUGGAGCCACAAACAUCACCAAGUUGGCUGAGAAGUUUACUUGCUAUUCACAUUUUAGCACAGGCUGGGACCGCCAUGGCAAGACGAUCGAUGGCUCGAAAUCGAACGCCCCAACCGUCUCGUUCCGGAAAACGCAUCGACGCCGAGGCCUCCGCUGGAUCACAGGCUCAGAUUGAUUCAGCAUUUGAGUCGACGGCAAGCAUGACUUCUUAUGGCGUGGAUGGUUCCAUAUCAGGUCCGUCUGCGUUGAAAGAGAGUAGGGAGCGACUUCAAAACGCCAAAAAAAGAAGAAGACAGGCAAAUCAGGUUCGAAGUAGGCAGCCAUUUUGGGCUGCACUUGCAAGCACCAAGGUUACCGUUAUGAGAGAAUAUGAACAUUCUAGAGCUGUUUCGAAAACUACCCGCGGCCUUCCGAUGACCGAGGAUGAUCUACAGGGAAUAACACUUGACGAUGGUCUGGUUUGGAUCACCAGCGUGGACAGUUCGACAAUCAAGUUUGCCGCUGGUGAAUUUGCUACUGCCGAAGACAAUUCGAAUUCGACUAGAUGUGAAAAUGGACAAUUGGAAAGCAACGAGGUGGAACCGUUCUACGUAUGUGUCAACGGAGCAUUAUGGGCUACAACCAACAUGUGCAAGGUCACCGAUGGACCCAAGGGCUCCAGCGCUGUUCAGUGGAGGGGCGAGAUUUCUGGAUUAGCUCCAAACUGUGCUUACACAUGCUCCUUUGUACGGAACGACACCGACGAAGAAAUCUGCUCUCUUAGCGUCAAGACACCCGCAGCACCAGACACAGAUCAGAGUACUAUUUCCAUGAUGCCAACUCCGCCUCGUCCUUUCCAUCGACCUUCUUCACCGACCACAACAUUGAGGAAUUCGAUUGCCAACGCGGAAGCAAAGCUGAACGAAAAGCGCUCUCGUUUGAAAAGGGCCAAAGGUGAUCACAAGAUUUCCAUAUCCCGCGUCAAGAAGGAAGUAGACAAUUUCAACCAUCGACUAAGCAGUGGAAGUGACGAAAACAAACAAAAACAACGAUCAUUACAACUAGAACGAAAUAUCCGCCAGACCGAGGAAGCCACAGCCGCUCUUGAAUCACAACUUGGCAGUUUGGACAAGAUACCCGAGGAGGAGCUUGAAGAGUGGCAGAAGCAAAAGGAUGAAUUUGAUCAGGAAAUGGAACGACUAAAAUCCGCCAAAGAAGAACUGUUGAACGCUCGUACGUCCGUUUCCCGUGACCUUGCUACUCUUGAAUCCGAUCUCGCCACGGCAGUUCAAAAACGCGACCGACUGCAAAGCCGCAAGACCCGUCUUAACGAACAAUAUGAGAGAAUCAUUUCUGCCAACGCUCAGGGUCUGAACGAACGAGAACGACGAGCCGCAGAGCAGUUCGCUCGGGAGCAGGAGCAAGCCAAGAUCGAGGCCAAUUUCAAUGAGCAGCUAGCAAGUAUCAGCCGGGCCGUACAAGAUUAUCAACUGCGCACGACUCAGUUGUGGCAGCAAGCGUCCAGCAUUGAACAAGCGAUACAACAGCAGCAGCAACAAAUGCUUUUUGAGACUGGACCUUUGACCCCCGAGGGAAUACUUCCUGGAACUCGUCAUCUGUCGGAAGAAGGGGACGAGGAUGAAGAGGACGAGCUAGAUAUCGGCCCAUCCAUCAAUAAUUUGACCAUUACACCAGCCAACAGUCGGUCAAUAUUGGGUGCAAGCUUCUCGGCGCUUAGGUCUAGCCCCCAGACAUCUUCCUCGUUUCUUGCUGGCUCGACGUCUCAAACUGCCAGUCCGUUACAAGCUACACUUCAGCAGCCAACCGGAUACCAAGCAUCGCCUCGUGUGAGCGUGAACAACUAUUUUGGAGGACGUGAUUUCGCUUACCGAGGUCGCUCAGCUUCCAAUCGCUCGGCACGUAGCAGCUUGUACGCUGACCUUGAUCUCGAUAUCAACCGGUAUCUGCUUGAUCCGGUUGAUCGUCUCAGUUUCGGAUCCGAUGGCAAAGGUCAUACCAGCCCGACUUAUGGUCCUAUCGGUAGUCUGUUUACGCGCGCCGGAAGUCGUGGUAGUGGAGGCAGCAGUGGUAACAGCGGAAGCGGCAGUGGAAGCGGUAGUCCUCGUUCUACCCGGGCAGAGGGACUGUAA